AUGCUUCAUGUAGGGCCAAUUACAAAGUUUAUCCUCUGCAUUACUAGUUCGAGUAGUUAUCCUGAGAUUGAUGACUUGAUAUAUUUUCUCUUUAGAAAUGGCAUUCAGCAUUUUGUUCUUGGACUUCCAUUAAGUGGUAACCCAUACAAACUGCCUGUAUCAUUUUUCAAAUGCCUGCAGUUGACGCUUCUGACUCUCCAGAAUUGUUCAAUACUUCCUCCAUCAAACUUCAAAGGAUUUGACAGGUUAAUUAGCCUGGAAUUACGCGACGUCACAAUUUCUUCCAAAUUUCUUGAAAGUCUAAUUUCCAAUUGUCUGUUGCUCGAGCAGUUGGUGCUGCGAAUCUCAGAACAUUUGAACGGUAUUGAAAUUAAAGCUCCCAAGUUGAAAUCCUUUGACUUCACAGGCAGUAUAAGAUUUCUUACGUUAAAAGAUGUCCCUCUUCUUGCAAAACUUUCACUUGCAGAUACAAGAGAUGAUGAGAAAGAAGGAAUAUGUGAUAUUGCCAUGUUUUUUGAGUCUUUUUCGGCUCUUGAGCAUCUCCACUUGGGCAAUGGUAGUAUCGAGCUCUUUGCUGGAACAGGUGGAGCUGUAUCAAAAAGAUUUCCCUUUGUUCUUCACUGUGUCAAACGUCUUUACCUAUCUGAUCGUUGUCUGGGUGAAUUGGAGGUCAUCUCGCUUGCUAUUGGCUUGAUUAGAAGCUUCUCAUGUUUACAAUAUCUAGCAAUUGAGGUGGUGUAUCUUCAUGUUGAUGGUACAUCUGCGCUGGAAUCUCUUGAAGUGGAACAUUUCUCGGAUGUGACAUUUAAUCAUCUCAAGGAAGUUAAUCUAAAGUAUAUUAAAGGCUCAAAGCCUUUGUUGCAGCUUAUGAAGCUUCUAUUAGCCAAGUCUCCGGUGCUGGUAAGAAUGCUAAUCGAGUCAUAUCAAGAUGAAGAAUCUGCAACAGUCAAAAUAUGCGCUACUGAGUUAUCAAAAUUUCAGCGUGCAUCACCUACAGCAGAAGUUGUCUUCAUCAAACAAAAUUACUUGGCUAAAUUGAUUUCAAUGUACCUCGCCGAAAUCAGAAGUUACUGUCAAGUAUGA